ACCUAGUCUAGAGCCCAGAUCAGAUCAGAUCAGAUCCACCGACAGCCCCAGCAGAAGAGGCCGUUCCUCUGUGGCAGCCACAGAGGCUCACACAGGACACAUGGCAGGUCCCCUGCUCCCAACCCUGCUGCUCCUACUGCUGUCCUUAGCCCUGGGAUCUGCUAGACAAGCAGAAAAGAAUUCGGGGGACCGGAUUAUCGACGGAGUUCCAUGCCCAAGAGCUUCCCACCCCUGGCAGGUGGCCCUGCUCAAAGGCAAUCAGCUGCACUGUGGCGGCGUGCUGGUCAACGAGGAGUGGGUGGUCACCGCCGCCCACUGCCAGAUGAGUGACUACAACGUGUACAUGGGCAGUUUUCGGCUGAACAGUAGGAGAGGCCAGAAGAUCAAGGCCACGCAGUCAUUCGUCCACCCCAACUACUCCACACAGACCCACGAGAAUGACAUCAUGCUGGUGAAGCUGAGCGAGCCCGCCCAGCUGUCGUCGGCCGUGAAGAAAGUCAACCUGCCCACCCAAUGCGAUCCGCCCGGGACCCCCUGUAUGGUUUCUGGCUGGGGCACCAUCACCAGCCCCGACGUGACCUUCCCGUCGCAGCUCAUGUGCACAAACAUCAGGCUCAUCUCCUCCCAGAACUGCAAGAGGAUUUACAAGGACCUGCUGGGAAAAUCCAUGGUGUGUGCCGGUGAACCCAACUCGAAGACCAACGCCUGCAAUGGUGACUCAGGGGGACCACUGAUCUGCCAAGGCACCCUGCAGGGCCUGGUGUCCUGGGGCGCGUUCCCGUGUGGCCAACCCAACAACCCCGGUGUUUACACCCAAGUCUGCAAGUUCACCGACUGGAUCAAUGAGACCAUAAAAAACAACAGCUAAUCUCUCCAAGCUCCCAUCUCUCCAGCUCUAUGCCUUGAACCGGAAACUGACAGAAACCAGGACAUCCAUGACCUGCAGUCAUAUUUGACUUCACCUUUGCUCAAAGUCAUAGUAAAACCUCAACCAAAGGAUACGUGUGUAAACCGAUGGAAAUCAAGCAAAAAAAAACACUUAAGAUUUUUUAAAAAACAACAACGACAACACCACCUCCGUGCCAGCAGAGAUGCCAAUGAGACCAGGAGCCUCAACCACUGGAAUUGUAAAUUGGUCAGAUAUAUUCGGAAGGCACUUGGGCAAGGGAGAGCAAGACCCUUACUCAUCACCUUGGGUCUGGAAAUUCUGGUAAAAUCCGAAACGUGGAGCAAGGUUAGAAUUAGUGGAUUCUUUAUGUAAACAAUAAAUACAUCCGGGACAAGGAUAUUAAUGAAGCUGCUCAGGAUAAUCAUUAUGCAGAGUUGUUCCGUGUAUGCUCUCUGAUGUUAAAUGAAAAAGAAACAUAUGUAUGCAAUCGAUCAUCACCAUGUAAAAUGAAAUAUUCACAGAAUAAAGAGCAUGUACUAAACUGCC